ACCGCCCAAAGCUUUAAAACAGUCCAGGACUUUGUUUGAGAACAUGGGGCUUUUGUUUCCGGGGAUUGCUUGUCUGCUGCUGUUUCUGCAGCAGGUGCAAGCCGGGAGAGAUGACAGGACAAGCUGCAAGCCGGUGACAGCCAGCUUUUGUCAAGGUUUGGGAUACAGUUCUACUCCUUACCCAAACGGGGUCCAGGGGUUCAGCCUGCACCAAAUUGGUCAGAUGGUGGAGACCGCGUGCUCGCCGCACAUCGCCACGGUUAUGUGUCGCGUCGUUGUGCCUGAAUGUGGCUCAGAAAAUGAAAGCCAGAAGAAGCCAUGCCGAGCACUCUGUGAAAAGGUCCGGAGGGAUUGUGAGUCCACUCUCAGAGCAAAGUGGUUGUUCUGGCCGAUACGGCUGCGAUGCGACUCAUUACCGGUGUCUAACUGUGUGCAGGGUCAAGAGAUUUCUGUCACCGAAGCUCCACCAGCGACGUGUCAGGCCAUUACUGUCCGUCACUGCAGUGACCUGCCUUACAGAGAGACCAUCCUGCCAAACAGUCUGGGUCACAGAACCCAAGAUGAGGCAGCCCUGGAGAUGCAGCAGUUUGCCUCGCUUUUAAGAAUGGACUGCUCUCCCCACCUGAAGCCUUUCCUCUGCUCGGUCUACAUACCUAAAUGUGUCUCAGCACAACCCCAGCCUCCCUGCAGAAGCCUUUGCCAACAGGCGCGGUCUGGAUGUGCGUCUCUGAUGAGCCGUACCGGUUUUCAGUGGCCUGAGUCCCUAAAGUGUGAAUCCUUUACAAGCGAGUCCUGUGAAGCGCUGCCAGACUCCAACCACCGUAGUUUUCUGCAAACUAGUGACUCAGAGGGAUCCCAAUCACGACCAGAUGUUCAGCGUGCUUCACGGUUUUCGGUAAGUCCGACUGGAAUUUCCCAGAACAGAGCCCCUGCUGUUUUCCCUCAGCAAGUACAGCCUGUGAAAGAUGACACGAGCUGCAAGCCGGUAACAAGCAGCUUCUGUCAAGGUGUGGGAUACAAAUCUACUCGUUAUCCGAGCGGAGUCCAGGGCUACAACCUGCAUCAGAUUGGCCAGAUCGUGCAGACGGCCUGUUCCCCACAUGUCAAUAUCCUCAUGUGCCGCGUUGCCGUGCCCGAAUGUGGCUCAGGAGACGAGAGUCGAGUCAAACCGUGCCGGGCUCUCUGUGAACAGGUCAAGAAGGAUUGUGAGUCCACGUUGAGUGCCAAACGACUCAUCUGGCCAUCGAUGCUUCGGUGCGAAAGUCUCCCACGGACUGCCUGUGUUCAGGGCCCACCUGACCCGAUCACUCCAGCUCCCUCAGGAACAUGUGAGCCCAUCACAGUUUCCAUUUGUGAAGAUAUUUCCUACACAAACACCGUGCUGCCCAAUAUUUUAGGUCACAGAUCCCAGCAAGAGGCAGGCCUAGCGAUUCAUCAGUUUAUCCCACUUAUAAAGGUGGAAUGCUCUCCUCAGCUGAAGCCCUUCCUGUGCUCAGUCUACACGCCUAAAUGUGUGUCAGGAAAACCCCAGCCUCCCUGCAGAACCCUCUGUGAAAAGGCGCAAUCAGGCUGUGGGAGACUGAUGAGCAAUUUUGGCUUUCCGUGGCCUGACGCCUUAAGGUGCGAAUCCUUCACCACCGAGUCCUGUGAAGAGUCCUUACCGUUCAACAUUCCUGGAACAUGCCAGACCAUGACGGCUCCUUUCUGCAAAGACCUGCCUUACACUGAAGCAUUUCUGCCCAACAGUCUUGGCCACAAAACGCAGGAGGAGGCAAACCUGGCUCUGCAUGGCUUUCUGCCCCUCGACCAGCUCGGAUGCUCCGCUCAGCUGAAGCCUUUCCUGUGCUCCGUUCACCUUCCCAAAUGUGCGUCCGGGAAGGGACUGGCCCCCUGCAGAACCCUCUGCGAGCAGGCUCGAUCCGGCUGCGAGCCGCUGAUGAACAGGUUCGGCUUGAACUGGCCUGAGAACCUGAAAUGUGAAGCAUUUACCACGGAGUCAUGUGAACAGUAUGGCUUGAGAGACAACAGCAGGAUGUGCGAGCCGAUCACCAUACCCAUGUGCCAGGGCCUGUCCUACAACCAAACCAUCUUCCCGAAUCUUCUGGGCCACGCGAGUCAACGGGACGCUGUCAUGAAGAUGUCUUUCUUCAACUCCAUUGUGCAGACCGUGUGCUCGGCGGACAUCCAGCUCUUUCUGUGCAGGGUGUACACCCCGGAGUGUGUGGAGGGGCAGGUGCAGCGUCCCUGCAGGUCGUUCUGUGAAAAAGCCAGAAGGAACUGUGAGGGUCUGAUGAGCAAUUAUGGAGUCUCCUGGCCGAAUGAGCUGCGGUGCGACGCAUUCCCAGAGGAAAUGUGUAUAUCUGAAAACAACAGGAAGGAGGUGCUGAUGGUUGAGGAUGUUCUGAGUAAACUGAAAACUGGUGGCUACACUGUCCUCGGCAAAUCUCUUACUUUGAAGACUGCACACCUGCUGCUGACACUGAUGGAUACAGAUAAGACAGGAGACCUAGAUGUGGUGGAGUUCUUCAAACUGGAGCACUACGUAGCUGUAAUCAGGAGAGAGUACGUGGAAAACUACGAGAGCAGGACUCUGUCUGCUGUCACACAGACACAAAUGAAAAAGGCCAUCGCCUUCCAUGAUUUCAAGUUAGAUGAAGAAACCUUCAGGGCACUUUGGGUUGAAUACAGCUCCCAGGACGGUAUUGACUAUGACGCUUAUGUAGCGCUCCUGACAAAACUUAAAAUCCUCAAAGAUCGUUUCCAGGCUCACCUGUUGAAUCUGGCGUGUGACUGCAGGGUCGCAAGCUUCUCCUUCAAGCAGUUCAUGAAAUCUGCCAUAAUCUGAGGAUCAGAAGAACUCAUCCAACCUCAGUACAAGUGAAAUAAAGCGGAUAAAACAUCACAUUGUGGCUCCUGAAGUCUGCUAAAUGUUGAUUAGAGUUUCUAUGGUCAGAACUCACAUGUAGGAUGACAGAUCUGCUAUUGAAAAUAAUUAAUUGAUUCCUGGUA